CAAAAAAAUGCUGUGCUCAGAGGAACAUUUCCCACUUGAAUUGACUGCGACUGGGAGAAGACAGGAGUUUAUCUGAGUUUCUCCAUCAUGAGGCCUAAUCACAGCUGGACCUUCCUGCAUAUGUCCGUCCUGGCGGGGCUGCUUCUCACCUUGAACGCUGAGAGUGGAGAUUCUGACUGUGUCCCAUUAAUUAAAGUGCGCCGCAACACAGUUUAUAACACCUCACUUGGAGUAAACCUUUGGAUUGAGUGCCCAGUUACUUUCUGUAACAGUUCACAACCACCAAUCUCCUGGAAUAAAUUUGGAAAAAAUGCUGUUCCUGUAAAUUUCAACAGGAGCACUCACAUUAAAACAGAGAGGAAAUUUUCAACCCCUGUAGAAGGGAUAUCGUUUUUGAUCUUCCAAAACAUACAAAAAAGUGACUCAGGUCAGUAUCGGUGUAAAACUGGAGGCAGUGUGAGCCACCUCAUCAAUGUGUACGUCUAUGACAAUGCCAAGCGCCCAAAUGAUACACAGAAGAAUGUAACAGCAGUCACGUCAGAAUUGGAUCAUAAACCGCUGGGAGAUCAAUGGAUGUAUGUGUACUCUGCUGCUGGGAUAGUGGGAUUUGUCGUCAUAGUGACAAUUAUAUCUGUCAUAUCAAUGCGAGGAUGUAAAGGGACACCGAAGAAGGAGACCCAUACUGAAAAUCAGUACAUUGUAAUCCCCAUGGAUGAGCAACCAGCCUCACAUGAAAGGAGAGGAGGCCCGUCUGUCCCAUCAUCAAGGCGAUCUACGCGGAAAAAGACACGGUCCUCAGAACCUGAUGAGUUACCAAGAGAGCAUGUUUAUGGCAUGAUAAAAGACGACCAAGAGACACAGAGGAAUAUGGUGGAGGAUGAGGCGAGUUCUGUUGUGUACGCUGCCCUCAACCAUCAGCUGCCACGAGCAGCUCCAGUUCGGCCACCGAGGCUGGUGGACGAGAGUUCAGAGUACGCAGCUAUCCGUGUUUCUUAAAGACCCGCUGGCCAUCAUUUCAAAGCGGACAUGUCACAUUAUUUGGAGUAACAGACUUGUUAAUGUUGGCCAGUGUGACAGUUUGGUUCAUUCAACGAGGAUAAACAAGAGGAUCUCAUCAGGAGCCCAGGAGGGCAAUUAAAGGGGAUGACCCCAACACCAGGAAGGGGUGCAAGAGGCUCGUAAUGUGCGGAUUCUGAAAACUCUCUAAUCAAUCAAUCUACAUGAGACUCCAAAGAUUUACUCCAUAACAUAA